AUCAGUCCGCGUACACGUAGGCAGGCCGCUGAAGCGCUGACGCUUGAGCCAUGUCGAUGACGAAGACGCAGACGAGGAGACCGUCAGCCAAGGCCAAAGGCAAGCAGCGACAGAACAACGACCCACGUCAAGCCCGACGACAGCGAGAUGAGGAAGAGCUGCAGCGGACUGCUACAGAAAUCGCAAAUCUCGAUCUGACCGCUAGUUACAGCACAUUCGCCGAUCUGCCCCUCUGCACGCCGACUGCUGCAGGCCUAAAGGCAGCUUAUUUCACCAACUUGACGCCCAUCCAAUCUCGAGCGCUACCACUCGCUUUGCAGGGGAAAGACGUUCUGGGGGCAGCCCCGACAGGCUCGGGCAAGACUCUGGCGUUCUUGGUGCCUUUGCUCGAUUUGCUCUACCGCAAAAAAUGGGGACCCAUGGAUGGUCUCGGUGCACUCGUCAUCAGUCCUACGAGAGAGCUAGCCGUACAAAUCUUCGAGGUCCUGCGCAAGAUCGGCACGCAACAUUCCUUCAGCGCAGGCCUGGUCAUCGGAGGCAAAUCCUUGCACGAGGAAAAGGCAAGUCCUCGGUGCAAGUGUGAACGGCUAGCACGCAUGAACAUCCUUGUCGCUACGCCAGGACGGCUCUUGCAACAUAUGGAUCAGACGAUUGGCUUUGACGCUGAUAAUCUCCAGCUACUCGUCCUCGACGAAGCCGAUCGUAUACUCGACAUGGGCUUCUCAAAGUCACUCAAUGCCAUCGUUGCCAACCUCCCUCCCACACGCCAGACACUGCUCUUUUCCGCGACACAGACCAAAAAUGUCAAAGACCUCGCGCGUCUCUCGCUCAAAGAUCCCGAAUAUGUCUAUGCACGCACGCUCACGGCCGAUCCCGCUGUCGGCGCGCAGCCCGUCGCCGAGGCCAGUCGAGACGAGGCGACCUUGCAAGUACCAGUAGGCCUCGAGCAGCACUAUAUGGUUGUCCCGCUCGACAAGAAACUCGACUUGCUCUGGAGCUUCAUCAAAACCCAUCUCUACACCAAGACGAUUGUGUUCCUGUCGAGCUGCAAGCAAGUCAGAUUCGUCCACGAGACAUUUCGACACAUGCGGCCCGGCGUACCUUUACUCCAUCUGCAUGGCAGACAGAAGCAAGCGAAGCGAUUAGAGAUUUACGAUCGCUUCACUUCGUCAAAGCAUACCGUCAUGUUUGCGACCGAUGUCGCUGCUCGCGGUCUCGAUUUUCCGGCCGUCGAUUGGGUCAUCCAAUUUGACUGUCCGGAAGAUGCCGAUACUUAUGUACAUCGUGUGGGUCGUACUGCCAGGUAUCAAAGCACCGGCAAAGCUCUCCUCUUCCUUUGCCCUAGCGAAGAGGAAGGCAUGACCAAACGACUGGCCGAUAAAGGACUAGAAGUCAAUCGCAUCGUCGCUCGCGAAGCCAAACAACAGUCUACUCAUCAUCAGGUGCAAUCGAUCGCUUUCCAGUUUCCAGAGAUCAAGUUCAUCGCUCAACGCGCGUUCAUCUCCUACGUCAAAUCGAUUCAUCUGCAAAAGGACAAGUCUGUCUUUAUGCUUGACGAGUAUCCCCUGGAGAAGUAUGCUACGUCUCUCGGCUUGGCGGGUGCACCUCAGAUCAGAUUCGUCUCAAAGGCAGAAGCAUCAUCAAGGAAGAAUGCAGACUGGUCGCUCGAGAACGUCAAGACCCAGCCGAUUGUUGGCGAUGCAUCUAGCGAUGAGGAGCCGACCCAUCUUUCUGAUGUGGCAGAGGAUAGUGCAAGCGAGUCCGCUGAAGCGGAAGUGGCGACGUUUGCUCCCCUGUCGCAGCGCAAGAGUAGCAAGACCAAAGUCGAUCGCAUGUUUGGCCGUCAGAAUAAUAACAUCCUCUCUGAUCACUACAGCAAGGUGGUCAACCACGGCUCGGAUGCUGUGGAUGAGAGCGAAGACGAGUUCAUCACCAUGAAGCGCACUGAUCAUGGCCUCGAUGAAGACAAUCUACCAGAGUCCGCUUACCUGUCGAAACGCAAGAUCAAGGCGGGUCAGUCCAAGAAAGCAAUGUUAUCGAAACGCGGCGUACCGACCAAGACGACCUUUGACGACGAGGGCCAUGCUAGAGCGGACAAUGCGGUUCAGCGAGAAGAAGACUUUAUCGCGCAAGGCGAUGUUCAGGAGCUUGGCCGACAAUUUGUUGCUGCCGAGCGAGCUGCUCUACAGACCAUUGAUGUGGACGACAAGGCUCUUGCGAAGGCCAAGAGACGUGAGAAGAAGCGGAAGCGAAAGCUGGCUAAUGCGGGUGGGGCUGAAGAGACUCGCGCCGAGCUCGCGGUGAGCAGCGAUGAUGAUGGCUACGUCUCGCCUGACUUUGAUGAUAUCGAUCUUCAACCUACGCCCAAACAUGGUAGACUCGAUGCCACGAGCGCAGCUGACGAAGAGCGGCCAAAUCUUGAAGCGCAAGCCCUGCUCGCAUUAUCGAACCGAAGAUAG